UUUCUGUUUUUUGUUUUAUCACACACCAAUUUAUCCAUCAGUGGAUGCUUCUUAUACCCACUUUUCCCGAGAACCGUCACUAAUACCUUGUACGUGAAUACUCCCAUCGUAUUAAUUAAGCAAAUUAUUAUCAUACCGAGUUAGUACCCCGCGACGCAAUCUUUUUUUCGCUCUAUUUGAGAAAUUUGAUGUUGAAUUUUCAACCAAAUCAUUUUCUAAUUGGGUGUUUCACUAGCUACAACAUUUCACCUUAUCAUGGCCGAGGCACGAAUUUCAGUACUUUGCAGUGGGAAUGGGACGAAUCUGCAGGCUCUCAUUGACUCGUGCGCCUCCGAUGUACCCGGAAGCAUCCGCGGCAAAAUCAUCAAGGUGACAGUCAAUAGAAAGAAUGCAUUCGCGAUUAAACGGGCUGAGAAAGCUGGUAUUCCGACCGACUACUUCAACUUGGUCAAGGAUGGAUUUCAAGUACUUGGGGAGAAGGAUCCGGUCAAGCUGCAGGAGGCCCGACUUAAAUACGAUGCAGCCUUGGCGGAGAGGAUACUGCGCGAUAAACCAGACCUUGUCGUUCUGGCUGGCUGGAUGCAUGUCUUAACGACAAAUUUCUUACGCCCCCUUAGUGAUGCCGGUGUGCCGAUCAUUAAUCUCCAUCCUGCUUUACCAGGAGCUUAUGAUGGUGCUGGUGCUAUCGAAAGGGCGUACGAGGAUUUUAAAGCUGGGAAGCUCCAGGACAACACUACUGGAAUUAUGAUCCACUAUGUUAUCGCUGAAGUCGAUCGCGGCGAACCUAUCUUGGUUCAAAAAAUCAAGAUCGACGAAGGGGACAGCUUAGAAGAUCUGGAGCAGAAAAUCCACGGAUAUGAGCACGAACUCAUCGUCAAAGCGACAGCAUUGAUAGCAGAAAAGAUAUCUGCUGAAAAGGCGGCAGAGACAUGAGAUUUGGUUGGCAUCGGCGGCCCCGGAAAUUUGUAUUGAGCAAUUUAUGAUCCCUGGGUUUAAGAGGCUCUGGAGCAUGUCGUUUACCACAAACGAUAUGUUUACUUAUAGAGGAGUUGCUUUGGCUUAUUGACGGGGGAGAUACUUAUCGCAGGGAUACAGCAGUGGACUCUCUAGGAUUCCCGUUGCUUGGAGUUGUGGCGUUGUCAUUAAUUCAACACCGUAGCGUUGCAUUGAGCUUAAGGCUUGAGCU